GAAUCAAAUGCUUAGGAGAAUUUGGUCAUUCUGAUUCUGAUUUUAAGUCAUUUCAAUUUUUAUUCUCAUUCUAAAUCUGGUUGUAAAUCAAACAUCCCCUUAGUAAAGUCGUAGGGCUCGUACUAACAUUUUUUAAUGCGAAAAGCUAUAGAUUAUCCCCUAUGGAUAACUCAGUUUAUCAGGGAACGUGGAAAUCAAUGAUUUUCUGAGUGCAGGCAGUUUACCAGGGAAUGUGGAAAUCAAUGAUUUUCUGAGUGCAGGCAAGGUCCCCGACACCAUCAAUCUAACAAUGUUUAACAUUGAUCUCUGAUUGUAUCAUCCAGAGUGAAUUGUGCAUUAACAAUACUUUUUGUAGGUUCAAGUUAAUAAUGCAGUCAGGCCUUAGCCAAUUUGUAGCAAGCCGGAGCUGUAGCCUGACUCAAACUGCCUCUUAAUGGACCUAUUGAAGCUGGAUCUAGUCAUCUAGAUCUUAAAAUUGAAGAAAAGACUCAAGUAGCACUUUUCUAGGCAAACGGUGAAAACGAAAAUGGAACGGUGAGUGAUAAUGCUACAGCUUCAGCACUGGUAGCACUCGCUAUUCCACGCUACGGAAGAAGGAAGGGGCCAAAUGGACCUUCCUUUCCCGGUACUCCUACAAAUCCCAAUCCCAACAGUGAAGCGAACAGGAAAUUCGAUCCCGUGGCCUAACCCCUGCACCAAACGACCACCGAAGAGAACAUCUCGGCCCUAUUCGACGCGCGUCACGGCCAUCUCCACCACCGCCCCUUCUCCAGUGGAGUUGGAGAACAGGAAGUACGACCUCCUGAGAGCUGUCCACGACACGCAGCGCGGCCUCGUCACCACCGCCGACCAACGCUCCUCCAUCGAGGAGGCCUUGGUGCGCGUGGAAGGAUAUGAUGCCGGCUCGCCGGUGGACCUAUCGAAGCUUGACGGCACAUGGCGGCUCAAUUACACCUCGGCUUCCGAUGUUCUUGUCCUCUUCGAGGCUGCCGCCAGGCUCCCUUUCCUUCAGGUGGGACAAAUUUUUCAGAAGUUUGAAUGUAAGGAUCGGUCUGAUGGAGGAAUUGUAAGGAAUGUUGUGCGCUGGAGCAUUCCAACCCUAUUAGAGGAGCAAGAGGGUGCAACACUGUUGGUCUCUGCAAAAUUUUCUGUUCUUUCUAAGCGCAACAUCUAUCUUCAGUUUGAAGAGGUUGCUGUUGAAAAUAUCAAGAUUAGUGAAGAGCUGCAAGCAUUGAUAGCUCCAGCUCUUCUUCCUCGUUCUUUUCUAAACCUACAGAUUUUGCAGUUCCUUAGGACUUUUCGAGCUCAGGUGCCAGUGACAAGUCCAGAAAGUGGGAGACGAUCACCCGGAGGGUUGUAUUAUCUAUCAUAUGUGGACCGUGACAUGCUUUUGGGCCGCUCUGUUGGGGGUGGUGGGGUUUUUGUUUUCACCCGAGCACAAUCUCUUGCAUCAUAGUGAAUUGGCUUUUCCUUCCAAAAUUUCCAAGGACAUACAAGCAUAAAUGCAUGGUUGACAGUUAAUAAUAUCAAUGGAAUUUAUGCUGUCAGGCUGAUGUUAGAUUUACAACCA